AAUAUCAAUUCCAAGUUUAAAGUUAUUUCUUACUUGAAAUAUAUCUAAAAACUAAAAUAAAGGGAUUAACUUUAUUAUAAUAAAAGACUCUAUAUACUAAUAUAGACAAAUCUAUUGCGUUGAUCACAAUUUAAAUGCCUUUCGUCGAAAGAUUCGUACAAAUUCGUAAUUUUGUUAUGAACGUUUGUCUCGUCGAGGCCCUACAAUUUGUCCAGGACCUAACGCAUGCCAUUUGCUUGGACUUUCGAGGCCUACUCAAUCUUAAAUAGAGCCGGCGAACUGGUUCGCUCACCUCAUCAAUUACAGUGUUGCUCAGACUCAACAUACGCACCCACACACCCACACACACACACACAAACACACACACACACCUACUCACACUCACACACACACACGCACCGACUCGCAUCUGAAGUAAGAACCCAAGACGAACAUCCUUUAAACGACCUUUUGCUUGGUUUUAAAAACUAAACGACCAUUCGAUAAACAAAUUGAACAAGUUGCAAACAACAGCCGUUAAUCGAUUAGUUGAUAACCGUUAACCGAUAACCGAUAGCCGAUAAACGAUAACAACGACAUGCUCUCCUGUGCCCCAUUCAAUAAACUGAUUUACCCAACGGCCGCGGAUGUCUCCGCCA